CGCUGCCCGCCUUCGAACGGGGCCCGCGGAGCGCCGCGGGGCAGCGCAGCGCGGCGGGGCCGGCACUGGGCGGGCAUGAGGAGCCUGCCGAUCCUCCUGCUCUCGCUCUGCUGGAGCCUGGGCCCGGUGAAUGGUGUCCAUCCAGAAUGCAGAUUUCAGCUGGAGAUUCACAAGGAGGAAACCAGGUGCAUGGAACUUCUAAAGAAUGCAAAGCCAGUGGACUACAAAGGAUGUGUUGGAGUUUGGGAUAACAUCACCUGUUGGCGUCCUGCGAAGAUUGGAGAGACUGUCACUGUCCCUUGUCCAAAAGUAUUUAGCCUUUUUUCUGGCAAACCAGGAAACAUUAGCAAAAAUUGUACGAGUAAUGGAUGGUCAGAUAUAUUUCCUGACAUCUUAAGUACUUGUGGAUAUAAUGACUAUGAAGACGAUUAUAAGGUCAACUUCUAUGUGAGGGUGAAAGCAAUUUAUACCCUUGGACACAGCGUAUCUCUGAUUGCUCUUACAACAGGAAGUAUAAUUCUUUGCCUUUUCAGAAAACUUCAUUGCACUCGGAACUACAUCCAUCUGAACCUGUUCCUCUCUUUCAUUCUAAGAGCAAUCUCUGUUUUAGUCAAGGAUGAUAUUCUCUAUUCCAGCUCCAACACAGCUCACUGUCCAGAGGAUCAAACUUCUUGGGUGGGCUGCAAGGCAAUUCUGGUGUUUUUCCAGUAUGGUGUUAUGGCAAACUUUUACUGGCUCUUAGUAGAAGGACUUUACCUCCACAUCCUCCUUGUGCUAAUAUUCUCCCCCAACAGACACUUCACGAUCUACCUGCUGAUAGGAUGGGGAAUUCCUACGAUAUUCAUUAUUACGUGGACAGUGACAAGGAUCAUUCUAGAGGACACUGGUUGCUGGGAUACAAAUGAGCAUGGUGGUCCCUGGUGGGUUAUACGAAUACCAAUUUUAAUUUCUAUUAUAGUGAAUUUUAUACUUUUCAUAAGCAUCAUAAGAAUCUUGCUGCAGAAGUUAAGAUCUCCAGAUGUUGGAGGAAAUGAUCAGUCACAGUACAAGAGACUUGCAAAAUCCACGUUGUUGCUUAUUCCAUUAUUUGGAGUUCACUACACAGUGUUUGCUCUAUUUCCUGACCGCAGUUCCAACAAUUAUAAAAUAAUCUUUGAGUUGUGUUUGGGAUCUUUUCAGGGGUUGAUUGUUGCAGUCCUGUAUUGUUUUUUGAACAGUGAAGUGCAGGGGGAGCUGAAAAGAAAGUGGAGGAGUUUGUGCUGGAAGCAGACAGCAGGCAGAGAUUACAGACUCCACAGCUCGUCCAUUUCUCGAAAUGGAUCAGAAAGUGUUUCCCAGCUCCACCGGAAUUCUAGAGCUCACUCAUUUAUGCAGACAGAGACCACCAUGAUAUAAAUGAGCUAGGUCCCCCAAAACAUGAAAAACUGUGGGAUAUAUCAUUCAUUAUGCAGCUUGAUGUGAUAUUUUUUAAAAUGUACAGUUUACUUCUUUGCUUUUCUACGUGUUGGUAUUUGGGGAAUUGGUUUGUGCAGCCACCCUGUUAAUAACAGAGAAGCCUGUAACAUGGAUGCUUUCUGUUUUGUUCAAAUGGUAUUCAUAUUGAUUCUGAUGUUCUCUUGCAGUUUACUAGCCAAAAAAACUCAAAAAUUCAUUUUCCAUAAAGGUCCCUUUACCUUCCAAAAUAGCUCCAAGACCCAUGCAGGGUAACCAGCUCAAUGCAGACUUCUUCAGCACGUGUAAGGAUUAAGAUGGAAAGCAAGAAAAUUUCUUACACUUUAUUUAUACUAAAGGAAACAUUGCCUUAAGGAUUAAGAAAUUCUUUGCUAAUUAUGGAAAAUAAAAUAAAAAAAAAACAAAACAAAAAACUAAGACCAUAAUUAACCACACUGGGAGUUCAGUGUGCUAAUCCAGGAAAUCAUGAACAUGAUUCACACAGAGAGGAAAAGGUAGUAUUUCUAGGCUAAUGGUAUAAAUUUCAGAGAUUACUUUCUUUCUGUUGUUACUUUCAGAAGUGCCUAGUUUCAUGUUUGGGUGCAGAGUGUAGGGCUGUCUUUAUGGUCCGUACAGAAAAAAACUACUAUAUUACUUUUGAAUAUAGUAGUUCUCAGUUGUUCUCUUCUGUUUAAAGUCAGAGAUUUGUGUUGAUCUUUCCUGAAGGAAGUUUCUGAAGAGGUAUCUUUUAGUGCUAAAGCAGCCUAGCAUAGGACAAACAGCCCUGGAUAGCACAUUGCACAUUGAAAAUAUCAUUUUUUACAGUAUUAUAUCAGUGAAAUCUGUCUCUAGGACCUACAUAUUUGACUGCAAAACACAAGGAGUAUUGCAGUGAAGUUACAACUCACAUUUAACUAAAAAUGUAAAUUCUUUUAGGUUUACUCAGCUUUAUAUCUAUCUGAAAUGAUUUGAAAUUUAGUCCUGACCAUGACUCCAGAAAAAAAAAUUAGACAGAAUCCCUAAAAAUUACCAUAAAAGGCAUAAAGAAGGAAUUUUCAACAAUGCCAAACCUCUUAUGUAGCCACUUAAAAAAAAAGGCAAAGAACUGACAGUCUUAUAAAAAUAUACAAAACAUUUCCACUCUUUAAAAGAAAUAAGCCCAGUAGUGUUCUCUUACCAUGUCAACGUUUAACCAUGUCCACCCUACAUCACAAGUGGGAAUAAUAUGUAUUUGCAUGAACACCUCCAUACAAACCACUGCCCUCAUAUUUCAGGUAACAGAUUUUAUGGAGCCAGCAGAAUCCAAGGUCCUUACUCUUGUCAGAUUAAAGGAAGAACGGCAGCAAGGGCAUCUCUUGGCAGACAUAUUUGUACAUCCUUGAAAGUAUUACCAGUACUGGGAAUAUUGUCAGCAGCUGUCACAGUGUCCCUACAAUUCUUGGUCUGAUUUAAUCCAGCUAUUUAUCAGUCAAACACAAUUUGUUUUAAUGGGAUUGCCAGGGAAGCACACAAAGUUUUGUCAGACCAAAGACAGAAAGGGCCCCGUGGUUCACAUGACUGCUGCAGAAUGUGGUGAAUGUUACAUGACACCAGUAGGUAUCAUUUGAGUUAAACAACAAUCACUCAGAGAAUUGUCACUUACAAAAAUUGAAUCUAAAGAAGCCAUUGAUCACUUCCAGAUCAUUCAUAAUGUUUUUUGCUUGGCAGAGUAACUGUGAGGUUCUGGAUGGAAGUGGGCUGCCCAAGGACAUUCCCAUGGGGUCUAAUGAUGUGCCCCUACACAUGUAUUUAAACUAAAUAUAUUCCUAAAGACUUCAGACUGAGGAAGCACUGCUAAAAUUUAGUAUGUUUCCUGGAUCUCUGGAAAAACUUAUCACAAGCUCCUAACUGUAAACAUAUGAAGACCCAAUGGAGCUUUGGGAGCUGCUUUUACAUCUAAAUUAAACACAUCUGUCCACAUUAGGAUUUUUUGUCUGCAGUGGCACUGGGACUGCUCAGUUCCCUGAGAUAUGAUGUGCAGAAUGUUCUUUUUUUCCCCUUAAUUUCUAGGGUAGAAAGGCACAUGUGACAAGCAUUCAAGUGUGCUCAUCUUUUUGCUCAAAUGAGGUUAUGUGAGCAAGUUGACACACAGACAGAAUGAUAGCACAGAAAUAGAUGUUUCAGGCAAUCAUUUCCAUCAGUCUGUUCUGCAUGAUACAUCACCAAUUAUGUGUGUUUAUAACACAUUGUAUCUUAGAGAAAACUGUCUUUGUUCUAAUUAGGUGAGCAUGGAAAAAAUCUGCAUUUUAAUUAUUCCUGGGUUAUUAAAAAGAAAAGCCUUAGUAAGAAAAUACAUUUUAUAUUGAAACAAACCAUCAUUGUUUCCUUUACAGAUGGUGCAGAUGCAUUUGGGCUUGGUUCUACUUUUCAUGUAGGGUGAAAUGCCACAAGAAAUUUGCAGUGAGAGAACAUAGAGGUAUCACUAACUUUGUAAAGGACAAUGUGGAUAUGCAAAGAAUGGCACACAGGAGAGAGAAGUGCUGUAUAUAUUUUUCUUUCAAACCAGUGAAAAGUACAGUACUUUGGAGAACUUUAUCCCUCUAUUAAUAAUAUAAAUGAAGAUAAUCUAGAUACGGUUUUGUGAGACAGUGUAACUUCAUAAUACUUUGUGCAAGCCUUAUCAUGGCAGUAAAGACACACAGGGUACUGCACUCACUUGUUUUUACUCCCAGAAAAUUUCUGAUUUCCAAAUAUUUUUUUGCAAAGUCACAGCACCAACCCUAUCAUCACCAGUUUGGCUUUCAGCUGCCUUUUCAUGGACAGAUAUACAUGAUAUAAAAAUGUCUGUAAAAGGUGCAGAACAGUUUGACAAAUGUAGAACUUGAUCAAUGUUUUUCAUCUUUACAACACCCAGAACAAGACAGCUUCUCAUGGCUUUGGCUUUCAUUGCAUUUUGCUGAGGAGUGUGGGAUUAAAUGCUCUUGCUCUGUGCUGUGGUGACUCUAAAGGACAAUGGAAUGAAAAAUCACUUGGCCUUCUGUCAUCCCUAAUCCCAGUUCUCACUCAGUCCUAGCAGCAUCAGGGGAGGAAGGAGAGGCUGCAAGACAAGGGUGACCUUUCCCUGCACCUCCCUUUCUUUAUUACUUUAAUGCCUUUUCCCCUUUAGUUGCAUCAGGGUCCAAACUGAGUUGUAAAGUCUUCAAGGCAGGAAACCUGGGGUUUUUUGUCCAUGCCCACUAAAAAGCCAGUAGCACAGCUUGUAUUUACUGAACAAGAAUGGUAAUAGAGCUCACUACCAGCACCAUGUUUGAUUGUUGUGUUUUACCUCCCGUGGAAGCACCAUUAAUUUUGAAUGAUUUCUGUCAGCAUUACCUGCUGCUGAUGCCUGAGGAGCACAGUGACAGCUUGCUCUCCACUUACUAACCACAAUUACAAAAUAUACAUGGACACUGACUUAAAUUUUCCUCUGCAGAGUCGAUUUCAGCUGGGUGCUUGAUAAAUCCAGGUGAAAUUCUUCUGUCCUGGUUUUGGUGUCUAAAAGCUGCAUGUUUGUCUCUGAGCUAAAGACACUUUUAAAGUGCCUUCACAGUCUUCAUAGAGAAAUAGGCACUAAUUGAAGAUGACUCUUUCCAUGUUCAGCUGGGCAUCUAAGGCAGGUAAGCUGGACCUAGUUUUCUCUGAACUUACUAUAAAAUGAGCCAGGGGAAGCUAGUACUUAGAUUUCUCACUCCAUAGACAGAGUCAGGUAAGAUGUAUCCCUCCAGAAGAGAUCAUUAAACUGUCUGGGUAAUAUUACACAGAUACUCCUUUUUAAGCCAAUUACCUUAGGUUGGCCAAACUUAUCCUCCAAGAAAUGUGCAGUGUAAUUCAAAAGCCCAGGCAGUGCAGGUUCCACAAUUCAUUUGGUUGUACUGGGUAAGCUGCACCCAUGGUUUCCAACAUUUGGGUUCCAACAUUUGGUCAGGUGUCCCUGCCUGCCAUGAUAAGGCCCACAGCCUUAUGUCCCAUUUUGAUUUGCCUGGCCUCAGCUACAAAAAAAUAUUUAUUGUUUUGGGUUAGGUGUUUGGCCUUUUUGCCUUUUGUAGGGGGGCCAUAUGAUUAAAAAUAGUGCUUUACAGUACCCAAAAUUUUCUUUAUGUUUUACUGCAGGUAGCCAGCUGAGGAAUACCCAGUCUAAGCUUGUUAUGGGACUGUACUGUAGCAGUAAUAGAUAAUCGGUGGCAAAUAGCAUUACAAAAAACUUUCUACAGUCAAGCUGGAGCCAUCCUACCCCACUCUGUAGCAUCUGCUUCAUGUCCUGAUUCACCCUAAGCUUCCCUUUGCCUUUAACAUGCCAAAGGGGAAAGCAGCAGGCAGAGACCCUCAGCAAACCAGAGACUCUGUCUGGGGCAGAUUGAUGAAAUAAUUGCCAGGUGCAUGUGUCACAUAGUCUGUGUGCAAAGACUAAGAUGAAUCAUCUGCAUAAUUUUUCCUCUAUUUUUUAAAAAAUUCAUCUUCUGUUAACUGUGAUUUUGCCCAGUUCAGCAAAGUGGUUUGGGAUAAAGUCCAAAUUCAGUCCAUACAGACUUUUUUCAGACAUCCUUAAGGAAAAGUCAAACCCUAAAUAUGUCUGACAAAAAGAAAGAACUGGCAAGUAACCUGCAGACAAAGCUGCUAUGUGUAUAAGGGUCACUGUCUGAACAAUUACUGUCUGUGCAUAGUGAUCCCGGAAAUACCUUCACCAACAGAAGUACCUUCAUGUUACCAUGAGUGCCUAUAUCAGCUGUGGGCUGCCAGUACCACCUGACAUGACCAAAUACAGAAGUUAGGAUGCAGUGCUAUUCUGUUGCUGAAAAAAAAAUUAAAAAGCGUUCUGACAUGUAUGUCACAAGAGUACAUCAGGAUAACAUUUAAAAGGAGCAUUCUGUGAUAUAUUUUAACCACUCUGUGUUGAGUCUGGUUCUGCCCAACCAUAGCAGGUUCUAGUUAAAUCUAAGUCAGGAACAUUUCCAUUGUCAGCUAAAAAAAGUGACCGAAAUGUCCCAAAUCCCUCUAUUUCCCAAAGCACUGUAAUACGUUUAUGAUUACCUGCAGCUUUUUUUGUCCUGGCACAUUAGUAUGAAUAUUACUUCGUAUUUCUCUUUUGCAUUCUUUGUUAUAACUUUGUAUCUGUCAAGUAUGGUAAAAAUUAAAGAUGAUGUAAAUGAAUGUGAUUAUUUUUUACAAAAUGUACAGAUUAUGAUGUUGUAUAGAUUAAUGUGUGUAAAUAGAUUUCAUAAUAGAUUUCAUUCACUAUAGUUUUAUUCUGGUUUAGCUCUUUUGUUCUUUUCUGGUUUCAGUUUUUAAUGUCACAAACCUAACAGCCUUCUCUGAGAUGUUAUAUAUAAAGCUGUGAACAAAUAGGUGUUUACAUCUUUAUGCUGUUACAGAUAAUAAUAGUCAACAACACUAUAAUGGACUGAAGAGGAAUCAGAGAAUAAAAAUUUUGAAAGUUUUGCACAAAAA